AUGGCUGAUCUUGGCGACGUUGAUGACUAUGGUGGUAAUGAUGGGCCACUCCUCAAGAGACCUAGAGGGCUUACGGGCUUCCUUACGCGCACCAGGGUAGCCCUCAAGAGUGCAAUUUGGCAGGUUUGUUUCAUUGGAUCUGGAUUUGUAAUUAUAAACAUCGCGGGUCAAGUAGCUCCUUCAAGCAGUCACCAUACCUUGCCGCGUAAUCACCCCGUGCACCACCUCUACGAGUACAACGUGCCUGAGGAAGUCUUCAACGCCCACAUGGCUGACAUUGCUGCUGACUUGGUUCACCCCGAGGUGGAGGGCGUCUACGAGUUACAUGUGCCCUCUCUCUUCCGUCUUCUCACCCGACUAGGUUGCCUCUGCGCUGUGACAAAACGCUCGACCAGCUCAGGGUCUACGACGACUUCCGAUAGUUUCAGCCUCGACCAGCUUGAGUUU